GAAGUUUAUUAUUUAAUUCAUUCAUUGAUUAAUUAACACAUCGGUGUUUCUAUUCAUUAAUUUAGCCUACAUUUCUUCUGUAAAUCAUGUCAAGUGUUUUGAUUCCGUUUUCUGGCACCCUUGGUUUCAUUGGUCUCUGACAGUAUACAGUACAAGCAUCAACUAGCAGCCUAGCGCAGAAUUGGAAACCUACGCAGCAGCCAAGGCCCUGCGAGUAAUAUUGAAUGUUAAUUCCAUGAAACACUGGGGCUUUUCUGACUGAGUGAUAAUUCCCAGAAUCACUUUUUGUUUUUUCACUUUUUUUCUUGAAUUCUCAUCAUACUUAAAUUCCAGGCACUUCACAGCUGUCAAUACCCCAACGGUAUCUGCGUAGUCCAAAGCUUCCUAUCCAGCGUGGGCAGCUUGGCGUCGUUCUUCUGGACCAUGCUGAUCGCGUGGCAGGUGAGAGAGACGCUGGUUGGCGAGCGGAGCAGCUGGAUGGACAAACCCAAAUACCAGUGGCUACUUCAUCUCCUGGCCUGGGGUGUCCCGGUGUUGAUACUUACGGCCGCAGCAGCAGAUGGCAAACUUGGCUACUGGCAAAGCUCGGAAAACCACACUUCGUUGAUUCCAAAAACAACGACAGUGUCACCAAAUAUGUCGAUGACCUUUUUUUACCAUGAAACAGCAUACCCUUCGCUAGAUGCCACCAAACCAAGACAAGACAACACCGUCGUUGUUGCUGUUGACGGACAUGCCGAAAAUGCAGCAUUUGAAGGGGGCGGUUACAGUGGAAGUAAAGAGGAUCUUCUGCGUGGAAGUACGGCUGGUUGGUGCUGGAUUAAAAUCUGUGAAGGCGAUGAGCUGCACUGGGGCCUAGUGGUGUUCCUCACGCUGCUCACUGGGAAGGGCUGGGAGAUGGUGGCGUAUAUUGUGGUGCCGACCAUUUACUUCAACAUAAAGGGGAAGUUGCAGCGCACGGUCCUGAAAGCGUCAGCUUCCCGUCUGGAUAAGGCAGUUUUAGAGGCCGUAAAGAAGGCCCACCGCGCGAUGACGGCUGUUCCUUUAAUGUUCAUCGCGUUAAGGAUCUGGGGGACCAUCCGGUACGUGGCGAACAUCACAGUCUGGAUCACCGGAUCAUCAACAGAACCGUGGUUUGAAGUGCUGUUUAACAAGAUCUUUUUGGUUUUACAUGCCAUAGGCGACAGCGGGCAGGGCCUUGGGAACAGCCUAAUCUACUGCUUGCUUGCCGAUAGGGUGCGCGAUAAUAUCUUUAGACAUUUAUGCGCAAGCUGCUGUUGGAGGAGAGAAACAGGACUGCGGUACAGCCUAAACUUACCACGUGACACCUCCAUGUACGAUGAGUCACGUGACUACACCAUAAGCGAAGAUACGACCACCAGUCAUAGUGGCAGCGAAAGCGAAACUAGUGAAAAUGCUCCCAUAUUGCGUCAGAAGUAUGACUUGUAUACUUAAUCAUUUUUUCUCUUUUCAUUUUAUUCGUUCUGCAGACUAAAUCACACGUGGGGAGAUUUUGCUCUAUUUAUAAACCCUUUGUGUACAAUUGUGUGAAGAGAAAAUAAUGUCGCUUCUGUAAAAUACUGAAAUUAAAGUUUAAUUCUAAGCAUUGCUUUUAUUCCAAACAUUGUCCACGGACUUAUCAGUUUUGUUCACAAGGUUUUAUUAUAUUGAUUGUGUUGUGGAAUAUGUAACUGUUAUGACUCAGAGCAAAUAAAAGGGACCCACUGCGCGUGUUA